AAAUUAGGGCACGAUUUUUUCUUUCCCUCUAAAGGCCUUCGGCCUUCGGCCCAAGUUCCGUGCUAUCUAAUGGGGGCGGAAGAGGAGCAGCGGAGAGAGAAUGGCGUGGUCGGGGUUGGGGAGAGGUCCAAACCGAUCUCAGAAGCACAGUUCCUCGCCUGGAAACGCCAAAAGGAUGCUGAAACAUCAGCAAGAAGAGCUGAAACAACUCGCAAACGUGCAGAAGAUAUAGCUGCAGGAACAGUGCAGAUGAAUGGCCGUGAGCUUUUCCUCCAUGAGCCUUGGGUCUUUGAUAAUGAUCGUUAUUGAGAUUCUUGAGAUGUAGUGAUAGAACACAAGUUAUAAACAAUUUCUUCUGCUGAAAUUUUAUUUCUUGGUAUAUUGUGUUUUUAUUUUCUUGAUAUGUGCAAAUUACUGUAAGGUUUAAUUCAAGAAACCAAAUUUGCCUUUCAAUAAAGAGCCAAGUAUCCGGAACC